AAACAUUACAGUAAACUUGAAUCCCCUUUUUAGAAAUAUUGGAGGCAAUUAAUGGGUGGUUAUAGGCUGCUUUUGCAAGUGACAUGGAUUGGUGUCAUAUUCUCAGAAAUGGAAACUUUUGCAGUAGCAGCAGCUCAUGAAAUAGCCCUCCCUAACUGCCUCGACCACUGUGGAGAUGUCCAAAUUCCGUAUCCAUUUGGCACAUCUGACGAUUGUUACCUAAAUAAAGACUUUCUCAUUAAUUGCAACCAAUCGUCGACCGGCCGAGACCAACCACAGAUUGGCUCCUUCGUUAUCCCGCAGAUUUCCAUGGAAGGCCAGCUUGAAAUCUUCCUGGACCUUGCCAUGGUAUGUUACCAGGAGUCGGGCAUGCUUUCAGGCUAUAGGCCGUCCGGUCUGCUAAUAAGAACCUCCACUUUCACCAUUUCUAACACCGAAAACGUGUUCAUGGCUGUUGGCUGUGACACGUUUGCAUACCUUAAUGGUAAGCAGAACAAUGGAAACUUCUCCAUGGGUUGCAUGUCCAUAUGCCAGAAUGAAAGCAAUGUUUUAAAUGGGACUUGCUCUGGAAUUGGUUGUUGCCAGGUAGAGAUCCCAAAAAAAGUAAGCAAUUUUAGUUUGCAAGUAGGCAGUUACAGUACUAAUCACACGAAAGUAUGGAGCUUCAAUCCAUGCAGCUAUGCUUUCAUUGUUAAAAAAGGCCUGUUCAAUUUCAACUCCGAUAAUCUUACCAGUCUACAAAACAAUAGAAACCUUCCGAUGGUUAUUGAUUGGACGAUCGGUACUGAAACGUGCGAGAAUGCCCAGAAUAAGCCGGAAUACGUAUGCGGAGCAAACAGCACAUGUUAUAACCCAGAAAAUGGGUAUGGCUACCGUUGCAGUUGCAAUAAAGGUUACGACGGGAAUCCAUACCUCCGACAGGGUUGCAAAGAUGUUGAUGAGUGUUUGCAUCCAGAUCUGAAUAAUUGCACAUCACAAAAGAGAUGUUCUAAUACAGAAGGGAAUUAUACAUGCUCUUGCCCAAAGUGGCACAGAGGAGACGGAAGAAAAGAUGGUAAAGGAUGUGCUUUGAAUCAAAGAUUAGUUAACAAGAUCGCUGUUGCUGGUGGUGUAGGCUUUAUAGUACUGCUGAUCUCUAGCUCUUGGAUGUAUUUGAUAAUCAAGCAAAGAAAGCUAAUCAAGCUUAGAGAAAGAUUCUUUCGCCAAAAUGGUGGUGUGAUUUUACGUCAACAACUCUCAAGUCAAGAAAAUUCAGUUGCAACAGCCAGACUUUUUAGCGCUAAAGAGCUCAAAAAUGCUACCAACAAUUAUCAUGAGAAUCUAAUCAUUGGUGAAGGAGGGUUUGGUACAGUUUAUAAAGGAUUUUUAUCCGAUAACAGAGUAGUGGCAAUCAAGAAGUCCAAACUUGUGGAUAAGAGUCAAAUUGAGCAAUUCAUCAAUGAGGUGCUUAUACUUUCUCAAAUUAACCAUAGAAAUGUUGUUAAACUCCUGGGUUGUUGUUUGGAGACAGAAGUUCCUUUACUAGUCUAUGAGUUCAUCUCAAACGGCACACUCUUCGAGCACAUACAUCAUAAAGAUAGGUCGUUAUCAAUUUCAUGGGAGACUCGUCUUAAGAUAGCUGGAGAAACAGCAGAGGCGCUAUCUUAUCUGCACUCUGCAGCCUCUCCACCGAUAAUUCAUAGAGAUGUCAAGUCCUCGAACAUAUUACUAGAUUGUAAUUACACAGCUAAAGUGUCUGAUUUUGGAGCUUCAAGAUUGAUUCCGUUACACCAAAUAGAAGUAGCUACAUUGGUACAAGGAACUCUUGGAUACUUGGACCCUGAGUAUUUGCAAACUAGCCAAUUGACUGUGAAAAGUGAUGUUUAUAGCUUUGGCGUCAUCCUGAUAGAGUUACUAACCGGAGAAAAGGCACUUUCAUUUGAUAGGCCUGAGGUGGAGAGAAGUCUGGCUAUGUAUUUUCUUUCUGCUAUUAAGGAGGAUAGACUAUUUGAAAUCCUUCAGCAGAAUAUAUGGACUGAAAAAAAUGAGAAGCAAUUGAAGGAAGUGGCUAAUCUUGCAAGGAGGUGCAUCAUAGUGAAAGGGGAAGAUAGGCCUACCAUGAAGGAAGUAGCGGCUGAACUGGAAGGUUUAAGAAAGAUUGACAAGCAUUCUUGGGUUAACGUGGAUUCCAAUUCAGAAGAGACAAAGUACUUGCUGGGGGAGACAUCUGAUUGUUAUAAAUAUGAUGCUUUUGUUCAUAGUAGUGUUGUAUAUGAUAGCGUGAAGGACCAUACGAUAGUAGCCUUUGAUGGUGGGAGAUGAUCAUAGGAGUUUCUUCAUAUAUCCUUUUCUUGUGAUACCAUGUUGCAUAUAAUGUUGUUUUCCUGCUUUUCCCUUGCGUUGUCUUGCGUAUUAUGUUGUCUGAUUUCUCUGCUGUAGAUGUUCUUUUCUAGAUUCUAUUUCUGUACUAUUGUCACUAACCUUGCCGAUGAAUUUGCUGGAUGCCUGAAAUUUUCGAACAACUUUGCCUACUCAUUUG